AUGGCUUAACCCAUUGCUAUAGGAAUUGAUUUAGGAACAACUUACUCUUGUGUAGGUGUUUGGAUGAAUGAUAGAGUUGAAAUCCUCUAAAAUGAUCAAGGUAAUAGAACCACCCCAUCAUAUAUUGCCUUUAAUGAUGCUGAAAGACUUACUGGUGAUGCAGCUAAGAACUAGGUUGCAAGAAACCCAUAGAAUACAAUCUUUGAUGCUAAAAGACUAAUCGGAAGAAAGUUUUCUGAGUCUACUGUUCAAUAAGAUCUCAAAUUAUGGCCAUUCAAAGUUGAAGCCGGUGCAGAUGAUAAACCAAUCAUUGUUGUUAAAUACAAAGGAGAAAACAAAAAAUUCCACCCAGAAGAAAUCUCAUCAAUGGUCUUAACAAAAAUGAAGGAAACGGCUGAAGCCUACUUAAACAAGCAGGUUUCAAAGGCUGUGAUCACUGUUCCAGCUUAUUUCAAUGAUUCUCAAAGAUAAGCCACCAAAGACGCCGGAGCAAUUUCUGGUUUGAAUGUCUUGAGAAUUAUCAAUGAACCAAGUGCUGCUGCUAUUGCUUAUGGUUUAGACAAGAAAUCUAAGCAAGAAGAACAUGUACUUAUCUUUGAUUUAGGAGGAGGUACUUUUGAUGUCUCCUUAUUGGCUAUUGAAGAUGGUGUCUUUGAAGUCAAAGCCACAGCUGGUGAUACUCACUUGGGAGGUGAAGAUUUUGAUAACAAGCUUGUUGAAUAUUGUUGUGCUGAAUUCAUGAAGAAGAAAGGUAUUGACAUCAGAAAAAACCCUAGAGCAUUGAGAAGACUUAGAACAUAAUGUGAAAGAGCUAAGAGAGUUCUUUCAUCAGCCAAUUAAACUACGAUAGAGGUCGAUGCUUUAGAUGCUAACGAAGAUUUUAAUUGUAUUAUCAGUAGAGCUAAAUUUGAAGAACUGUGCAUAUAAAUGUUUAAAUAAUGUAUCCCUCCUGUUGAAAAGGUACUUAAAGAUUCUGGUAUUUCCAAGAAUCAAAUUCAUGAAGUUGUCUUGGUUGGAGGAUCAACAAGAAUUCCAAAAGUCCAAGAAUUGUUGAGAGAAUAUUUUAAUGGAAAGGAGUUGAACAAAUCUAUCAAUCCAGAUGAAGCUGUAGCCUAUGGUGCAGCCGUUUAAGCUGCGAUUUUAACUAAUUAAGGUAACCAACAAGUUAAAGAUAUGAUAUUUUUGGAUGUCACACCUUUGUCAUUAGGUAUUGAAACUGCUGGUGGCGUCAUGACUGUGUUGAUUGGGAGAAAUACUACUAUCCCAACAAAAAAAUCAUAGAUAUUUACAACCUAUGCUGAUCAUUAAUCAGGUGUAUCGAUUCAAGUCUAUGAAGGAGAAAGAUAAUUGUCAAAAGAUUGUCAUAAAUUGGGAUCAUUCAAUUUAGAUGGCAUUGCACCAGCACCAAGAGGAGUUCCAUAAAUUGAAGUUUCAUUUGAUGUUGAUGAAAACGGCAUCAUGAACAUUUAUGCUGAAGAUAAGGCUACAAAACAUGCAUAAAAAAUCACCAUUACAAAUGGAAAGGGUAGAUUAUCAAAAGAUGAUAUUGAAAAAUUAGUUAAGGAAGCUGAACAAUUUAAAGCUGAAGAUGAUAUCAUCAAAUCAAAGAUUGAAGCCAAGAACAGCCUUGAAUAAAUAAUAUACUAAGUUAAAAAUACCAUAAAAGAUGAAAAAUUUAGAGGCAAAUUUGCAUUAGAAGAAAUAUAAAAGCUAGAGUAACUAAUUGAAUAAACGACAAAAUGGAUUGAAUGUAAUCCAAAUGGUGAAAGGAAUGACUACACUAAUAAAUAAAAAGAUAUUGAAUUGAUAUUUAAUGGAAUGAUGUAAAGAGUAUAAUAAUAAGGUUCAAAUGGUAUGGAUGGAUAAGGUUUAUAAGUUGAUUAAGUAGAUUGA